AUGCAUUCCUUCAACCUGAUAGCCGCCACUGGCCUGCUGGCCGCCAGCGCUGUUCAAGCCGCUCCCCGCGCCAUGUCCUUUGACGCCUCCGAAGCCAGCACUCACGCCUAUGCCGUUGAUGAGAAGGACGCCUUCUCCGAGAUUGUCCCUCGCGGCAUGGAGUGGGCGCGCAGCGCCCAGGAGCAGGUGCCUACUGACUGUCCUGCGCCCGUGCUCAUCGUCACCACGACUACCGUCGACGUGACCGUCUAUGUCACGCCCUCACCCACGGCCGAGGACAUGACUACUCCCAUGACGACGGACACGCCGCGCGUUACCAUCUCCAUUCAAAACAUGACCGUCCCAGAGCCCUGCGAUGACGAUACCACGGCAGGCCAGACCAGUACUAAGCCUCAGUCGUCAAGCGCCAGCAUGACCAUGUCGAGCUCGUCGUCUAGCACUUCAGCCAUGUCCAGCAGCAGCGCGUCCACCUCGUCCACGCCCAGCCGGGUCACCAUCUCCAUUAUCCCCGAGCACACUACCACGCCGGCGCCCUCAGAGAUGGAGACCCCCCCGCCCUGCGACGAGGGCUCGACCUUUAGCUACUUUACCUCGACCACCGCUGCGCCGGCGCCGACGCAGUCGAGCUCCGACUGCGUCAUUGACACGGCCGUGACGCCCGUCUCGACCUCGACCAUGUCCGCAACGCCCACCACGGCCUCGGCCCAGCCCACCAAGACGCAGUGCGUCCACGACGAGCCCACUGGCAAGCCCACAGACCAGACCAUGUACUGCGGCAUCCACGGCAAGCCGGCCGGUACCUACUUUAUCGCCGAGUUUAUCGAGAACAAGCCGGAGGAGCCUGUUACCGAAGAGGGCUGCUACCAAUUCUGCGAUAGCGUCAUGGAGUCUACCAAGGGAUGCGAGUCGUACCGCUUCUACAAGAACAAUCUUGGCGCCCCCCGCUGCUCCCUCUACGGCCGCAACGUUGCCGCCUCCGUCGAGGACCUCGACAAGAACCAGCCCGACACCUGGUACGACCUUGCGUGCGGCUCUCCCACGGCGGAGAAGUGGCACAACGGCAUGCCCGCCAACCACGGCAAGCGCAGCACCGAGGCUCGCGUCUAA